GCUGAGUCAGGUGUUCUGUUUGCUGUGCCGGCAGCUGGGAAAGGUUCAGGAUAUUUACCCAGUUGUCCUUGGCUUCUCAAGGCUUCUGUCCUCUAUCUGGCCUGUGGUUUUUGUAAAGCUCAUGUCAGUAGUCCUCUGACAAAUUUGGCAGAAGUGCAGGUGACAGAUUCUUAAGUUACUAAGGGAUGUAACAGGCCAAGGUGGGCAGACAGAUGGACAAAAUUAUUUUGUUUCUUUCCAAAGCUGUGUGAGAAUAUUUCAGGCAGUUACUGAUUGUUGCAGCUGCAGGCAGAGAUAUUGCAGUGGUUAAAAUGCUUGUGGUCUUUCAUAUUUAUCAGCAUUGUAGCUCUCAACCAGGGGUGCAGUUGUGUUUGUGGAAAGUUUGAGUGUAGGCUGUCACAGAUUUUGCCUGUAGAUAAGGAGGGUUUUAAGAGGAAAGGAGAUGGAGAAACAGCAGACAAGUAAAUACGUGGGAAGCCUUGAGCACUAGAUGACUAAACUUGUACACAAGGCAGGCAGCACGCAGAGAGUGGAAGUGACAGAAUGAGUCUGAGAAAUCCAAGGAAAGGUCUGUGGGAGCCUGCCUGUGGAAACUGGAAUAACAAGGCUCACACAGAGAGGAGAGGCAUGAGCCACCAAGGAGCUGGCCAGAGAGGGGAGGAUGGGAAGGAAGAUUGAUCUGGUGAGGCUGAAGGAUGUUUUGGGAAGAGGAAAAUGUCACUACUGUAUACGAUGUUUCUUCAAGGCGUUUUCCAGGAUUUACUGGAGAACUUCUAAAGGCCUUUUGAUAGGUGAUCCCAAAAGGUAUAGUGUAUCUAAGAAAAACCCCAUGCAUUAAACAGGAAUUAGACUCUACUCCCACCAUAUCCAUUUCAGAUCAGUGUCUGUUUGAGCUAUGAUUUUUUGUGUACUAAUGCUGCCAAACUAAACUUUUGCCUGCCCCCGGACCUGAUUUGUGACUUGGAGCAUAAUGAAAUCCUGGCAAAUUGUACACACAAGUAUUUUUGACAUAGCAGCUAAAGGACUUUAUGAUAUAAAAAUAAGAUUGUGAUAUGAGGCACGCCACUGAUUUUGUGACUCCAAUAAGAAAUGUCUUGUGGGAUUUUUCUGGUAACUUUGUAGGCUGCUUAUAGUAGCUGUAAUUUUUGUAACAGGCAAAUUUCAUGUUGUUUUUUGAACUGGGAGUGAAGUGGUCUGAUGUUGGUGUUUAGUGCCAGAAGACAUGCUUUAAUUCAUGUGUUUGUGUGCACAGUGACCCCACCAUGAUACUGAGGAGAUGCUGUUAUCUGUGUAUUGAGUUGGAAGACUCAUACUUGCUGAGAAUACAGACCUGGUUGUAAGAAGAGAAAGAAUUGAUCAGGAAAUUUCCCAAAGAGGGGUACCAGGAGAUGCUUCAGUGGUGAGACAUCUUUUACGAUGCAAGUUAGGCAUGAAAUUCAUCCACUAACAUCCCCUUCCUCACCCUGAUCUCCAACAGACUUCCCGUAACGCUUGGAAGAACGGGUCAGGGGAGAAGGGCCAAAAGACACCAUGAAGCUGAAGCAGCGAGUCGUGCUGCUGGCCAUCCUCCUCGUCAUCUUCAUUUUCACCAAGGUUUUCCUCAUCGACAACCUGGACACGUCGGCCGCCAACCGGGAGGACCAGCGUGCGUUCCAGCGCAUGCUGCAGGGGCUGCGCGUGGCGCUGGACCCGCGCCUGGAGCACACGCUGCAGUCGCCCUGGGAGAUCGCCGCGCAGUGGGUGGUGCCCCGCGAGGUGUACCCCGAGGACACCCCCGAGCUGGGAGCCGUCAUGCACGCCAUGAGCACCAAGAGGAUCGUCAAGGCCGACGUGGGAUACAAAGGGACGCAGCUGAAAGCUUUGCUGGUACUUGAAGGAGGGCAGAAGGUUGUCUUCAAGCCCAAGAGAUAUGCCAGGGAUUACAUAGUGGAAGGAGAACCCUACGCUGGCUACGACAGACACAACGCAGAAGUGGCAGCCUUUCACUUGGAUAGGUGGUGUUUUCUCACCCCCAUCAGAAUCCUGGGAUUCCGCCGGGCCCCGCUGGUGGUGGGCAGGUUCGUGAAUCUGCGCACCGAGAUCAAACCAGUGGCCACGGAGCAGCUCCUGGGCACCUUCAUGACUGUGGGCAAUAACACCUGCUUCUAUGGGAAGUGCUACUAUUGUCGGGAGACAGAGCCAGCCUGUGCAGAUGGGGACAUCAUGGAGGGCUCGGUGACGCUGUGGCUGCCGGACGUUUGGCCCCUGCAGAAGCACCGGCACCCCUGGGGCAGGACUUACCGCGAGGGCAAGCUGGCCAGGUGGGAGUACGACGAGAGCUACUGCGACGCCGUGAAGAAAACGUCCCCGUACGACUCGGGCCCGCGCCUGCUGGACAUCAUCGACACGGCCAUCUUCGACUACCUGAUCGGCAACGCCGACCGGCACCACUACGAGAGCUUCCAGGACGACGAGGGGGCCAGCAUGCUCAUCCUGCUGGACAAUGCCAAAAGCUUUGGAAACCCUGCCCUGGAUGAAAGAAGCAUCUUGGCUCCUCUCUAUCAGUGCUGCAUCAUCCGGGUUUCCACCUGGAACAGGCUGAAUUACCUGAAGAACGGAGUCCUGAAGUCUGCCUUAAAAACUGCCAUGUCGCAUGACCCCAUCUCACCUGUGCUCUCCACCCCUCACCUGGACGCCCUGGACCAGCGGCUCCUCAGCAUCCUGGCUACAGUGAAGCAGUGCACAGACCAGUUUGGGCCAGAUGUUGUGCUGGUGGAAGACAGGAUGACUCUGUCUCACUUGUAAUCGUAGCGGAACACGAGAUGAAACUCCUUUUUUUAAAAACAAACAAACAAGCGAUAGAAAAACAGCACAAUCAGUUCAGAAGGGCUGUGGCCAAGAUGGACUGACAUGAACAGGAGAGCUCCCGAGGCAGAGGAAGGGAGGUGACACUGGCUUUUUCCUCGGGCUGGCAGCAGUGAGAGGUGGGAAGGAGGCCUGGGAUGGCACCGUGGCCGCUGUGGCGUGUCCAUUGCCGGCAGUGGGCAUUGCACUGGAUAAACACAGCUCUGGUGCUGGGGCAGAGUGGAACACAGAACUCCUUUGUGGACUGGAUCUGGAGGGGACCCUCAGAGAUGAACAGUACAGUCCCCCUUUCCUCUGGCGAGUUUGUUCAUUCAGGGUUGUACACAAUCAGCUCUGAGCUGGUUGGGCAUUUUACUGCUUCUCUAGAGAACGAGCAGGGGCGAAUAAAAUAACUGUUGGACUGAAGAGUUGUGCCACCCCCCCGGGGUGGGAUGUUCUGCUUGUCUGAGGGGUGGGAGAGGGGACCUCUGCUGCUCACUUGGCUUUUCCUUGAUAAAAGGCUGGGAAAGGGGGCUGCCUCCUAUGUGAUAAUGCUUCAGUGUUUUUGCUGAAGUCCUAUCAAAGGUUUAUCCACAGGGUUGGAGAUUUAGGAGAGGACAGGGUGGUUAUACAGCACUUGAUAUUUAAGGGGUUAUUGUAAGUUUCCAUGUGUCUUGUCCCUCUUUUGUUUUAAAUUAAUCUGACAAGGUCUGAGCAGAGAAAAUAUCCUUGCAGUCCUGUGUGCAUUAUAAACAAAUGUUCAUUCCAUUGUUGCUGAGGAGGACAGAAUCUGUCCUUGGAAGCAGUUCUGUGUAGGGAGGUCAGGCUGCUUUACUGUGAGCCCUGGGUGCUGUGGAGCCUCUGGGCAUGUGGGACUGGGGUAGAGGUGUUUGCUCGACUUCCCCAGUCACCAGCAGUCACCUGAGGUGUGCAGACAUCCCUGAGCUGUGGUCUGUCUUCAUCUCACCUGAGAGAGCUUUCUGCUGCUCCCUGUGACCACAGCCCAGCACUGCUGUUCUGGGGACACGAAUGUUGGGGUCCCACAUUCACCUGCUUUGGCUGUGGCUGAGCUCAGAAGCUGUGAUCACUUCCAGGAGGUUUUCUGCCUUCCCCAGUUGCUUCUUGCAACCCCCACUGCAAUGUUCUGCCUGGGAUGGUCAUGCAGGACUCCUCACUAAUGGUUUUGCCAUGGAAAGAGAAAAGUUGGCUUUUCAGGGCAGGCUUGCAGCACUCAUCUUGUGCUAGUCCUGUUGUCCUUCAGCACUGCAGCCUGUGCUGAGUUUGUGUCGUAAAACUUGGGGCAGGUCUCAGUUUGUGUCUCCAGAAGAGAUGCAGCUUCAUCACUAUUUCCAAACUGAACAGCUUUGCAUCAGUGUUCAGCCAGCAUAGUUCUUGAUGUAAGGAAGGAGCUCCCUUCCCCAAGUGAUUGCACGUUACUGAACUUGAGAGCAAGAGCACCAAAAUGUCAGUUUGAACCUUCUCCUUGAUUUUCCUGUCAGGAUUUCUCUGACUGCAGUGUGGCAGGCAGGUAAAGAGCUGUUUUCUGGUCUUGCACCUUGGCCACACCUGAUCCUGGAGGUGUCAGGGAGAGAAUUUAUCUGAAAAAUGCAGGCAUUGGUUUAUUUUGUUGAAGUCUUUUUCUCGUUGCGUGAGAAGAGCAUCUUGAAAGUAGAAUGUGACUGUUUACCUGGGACUGAAUUCUGGGUUAUUCUUGCUUUCUUCUGGACUUGGCCACAAUCAUAGAUGCCAUAGAACAAUGAGAUGGUGGGAUGAGAUCUGGAGUUAUUACUGGAGUUCUCAGUCAGGGUGGUGACACACAGCUUUGAGAACACUGUGGAGCUCGUGCCUCUAUCACCUGAUAACAGAACACGCUUUAGAAACUGUGGCUGGUGCUGUGGGGCAGGAGCAAGUGCUGGUUUAAGCUGCUUCCCAGGAACUUUCAGAUGAUUUACCCAAAGGGGAGAUAGUGAAGCACAUGAUUGGUGGCUUGUAGCAUUUCUAAAAGCUUAUUAUUCUCUUUGAGCUUAAACAUGAGCUCUUAAUAUUUUGGGAGGGAUCUACCAAAAUUUAAUUUUUGAUUUCUAUAUGAUAACUCUUGAUAUUUACAUUUGAUUUAAUAAUGGGCUCAAACAAAGGUCUUUCAGUCUUUGAAAUUAAAUUAGUGUUGAGAACUUACAUAUUCCUCUAAGCUAAAGCUUUUGCUGUUAGAUGGAGCCUGGGGAUGGGUUUUACCCCAGUAUAAAUAUCAAAGAUUUAAAGCAGGGUAUUGGUUUGUUUUGAUUUACUUGUGGACAAAGGGCAUGAAGUCCAGCAUUAUCGGUAGAAGGAAGCAAGAAAUUGUUUUUUAGGAUUGUUUUUUUAUUUGUGAUAUUGAUGCUUCUGGUUGCUGUAAACACUAUUGGAGGUUGGUGUUCUGCAGCAGGAAAGAAAAAUAAAUUCCUCUCUUAAACCAAAAUCAGGAAGAUCUGGUUUUGGCCUUGUGACAAUUUCUGCCCUUUUGGCAGUGAUGGUCGUUUUGCUUGAACACAGAACCCUGAGAGAUUUUAAAUUGUAACCAUUGCAAAGGAAAUGAGGAGCAGCAUCCACGUGCCAACUGGGUCUGCCUGAAUCUCUGAAAAAUAACAUUGUUUGGAAGGCAGGUGCUCUGGGGAGGGGGUUUUCCAGACACCUUCUGAUCCUUGUUCACUGUGCACGUGUCACCCACUGGCCCCAGGUGUUGCACACUGGUUGUGUCGUGCUUAUCAAUGAUAUCAGAGCACUGGAAGCACAGAAAUCAAGAGCUAAUUAAAGAGCCUCAUCAGCCAUCUGCUAUUUACCUCCCCCUUCCCAAGUCAGCCAUCAGGGGGAGGAGACACUCGAGUCAGCUCUCCUUCCAGCAGCUGAUGAACUGGAGUGUGUCUUGCCAAACAAACUUCAACUCAAAAGUACUAAUUUAUUAAGAAGGUAAUUUAUUUACUGCAGCAGCUGGAGCAGGAAGCUGGAAACAGACCCCCCUCUCGGAUGUGCCAGAGGAGGCCCCUGGGAGCUGCUGCACAAAUGGAGUUGCUAAUAAGCAAACAGAAUGCAAUCAUGACUUUCUACUCCUAUCCCCCGGGGUCAGAUCCCACAUAAAGCAACAUUGUGUGAAUAAAGAUUUUAAUAAAGCAA